UGGCGCGAAGUGAUGACGUCAGUAGGCAGGGACGCUUAAGGGAAAAUAUAUGCGGCUUUCAAAUACUUUUUCGCAAAUACAAUCCAGAAAUUAGUGCAAUGUCUGUGAAUUAUGCUGCUGGUCUCUCUCCGUAUGCAGACAAGGGCGUGUGCGGACUUCCAGAGGUAUUUGACAGCCCCGAGGAGCUAAAAGCGAAGGUGGAGAGCCUGGCUGAGCUCAUAAAAGAGUCCAAACACCUGGUGGUGCAUUCUGGAGCAGGGAUCAGCACUGCAGCAGGCAUCCCUGACUUCAGGGGUCCAAAGGGGGUGUGGACGCUGGAAGAAAAAGGCGAGUGCCCUCACUUUAACACCACCUUUGAAGAGGCCCGGCCCAGCCUGACUCACAUGGCCCUGCUCGGACUCCAGCGGGCCGGAUACCUGAAGUAUCUCAUCAGCCAGAAUGUGGACGGCCUGCAUGUGCGAUCCGGCUUCCCAAGGGAUUUGUUGUCGGAGCUUCAUGGAAACAUGUUUGUGGAGGAGUGUGAAAAGUGUGGCAGACAGUAUGUCAGGGAAAAGGUGAUUGGCGUGAUGGGGCUCAAACCGACGGGACGUUAUUGCGAUGUGGUGCGCUCAAGGGGGCUCAGAGCCUGCAGAGGGAAGUUAAUGAGUACUAUACUGGACUGGGAGGACGCUCUUCCUGACAGAGAUCUGAACAAAGCAGACAGUGCAAGCAGACUAGCAGACCUGGCACUGACGCUGGGCACCUCCCUGCAGAUCAAACCCAGCGGUGACCUUCCACUCGUCACCAAACGUAAAGGCGGGAAAGUGGUCAUUGUCAACCUGCAGCCCACCAAGCAUGACAAGCACGCCCACCUGCUCAUCCACGGCUACGUGGACCAGGUCAUGGAGCAGCUCAUGGACCAUCUCGGCUUGGACAUCCCAAAGUGGGAGGGGCCAACCGUGUGCGAGAGCUGCACCGAUGUCGACGUCAAGCCCGUGCACGCUCUUAGCGCGGACGUGAAGGUCAAAGGUAAACCGAGGAAGAGAGCAGCAGAGUGUGCGGAAGACACCAUCAAAGAAGAUCCUGUAAAGAAGGAGAGGGCAGAAGAGACCGUAAAGAAGGAGAGGGCAGAAGCUAUGUGACAACAAAUAGUAUUCUCCUCAUCAAAACUACGUCCUGCCUUCAAAAAGAGAUCUAGAUUGAUCUCGCCUCUUCAUUUCCACUGUGGAAUCUUCUUUGUCCCUGAAGAAGACUCAGCCUGAAGCCUCACAAGAUGGCAGUCAUGCAACAUGGACCACUCGUAGGUUUCUCCCGCCGUGAUGCUUGUCAAAAUCUACAACGCGUGUGUGGAAGGUACGUCCUCGCAGUCCCACGGUCAGACACGGCACAGGAGCCAAGCGUUUAACAAGAUUUUAAUAAUAAUGUUUUUAACAAAAGUUGUCUCUCCAGUAGAACGUGACUUUUCAGUCACGUCCGUAUCCUCUCUCCCCUCCUGCUCCCGGCCGCUUACUGUUAAAGACAACAGUUGAUUAGAUUAACACGUUACCACCUGUGAAAUCACCUGCCAGCUGUGUCUCGCCGUCACAAAAGUUGUCUCUCCAGUAGAACGUGACUUUUCAGUCACGUCCGUAUCCCCUCUCCCCUCCUGCUCCCGGCCGCUUACUGUUAAAGACAACAGUUGAUUAGAUUAACACGUUACCACCUGUGAAAUCACCUGCCAGCUGUGUCUCGCCGUCACAAAAGUUGUCUCUCCAGUAGAACGUGACUUUUCAGUCACGUCCGUAUCCUCUCUCCCCUCCUGCUCCCGGCCGCUUACUGUUAAAGACAACAGAUGAUUAGAUUAACACGUUACCACCUGUAAAAUCGAAUCACCUGCCAGCUGUGUCUCGCCGUCAGCACUGCCAAGCCCCCGUCUGAUGGUGCUCUGUCCUCAGCACCAUGGACAGAGGCGGUGACCUUUGCUCCCUCCACAGCAUGGUUAUAAAUAACGCCUUUUACUAAGGUGUCAGCACCUUAUUAAAACGUGUAUUUGUAACAUUGUGUUCUAGUUUUUGUCCCUCUGGUAAAGAAACAUCUCCUUGUAUGAAGGACGUACAACAGGAGCCUACUCGAAUAGAACCUCUAGUUGUAAAUAGAUUAUUGUUACUAAAUGACUUUUUUUAAAUCUCAGGAACAAUGCUUUUUUUUUAUACUGUCUUUUGGUAAUAAAUCCAAGCACAGCCUCUGUAGUAUGAAUUUGUUGUACAAUCUGCGGUGAGUACUGGCCUACUUUCCGUUGAAAGGCAACAUAAAAGAAAUGAUAAUGAUAUAAUUUCUAUUCCUGCGUUUGCCAUGGGACCUCAUUAACUUCUCCCGGGUCAGCGCUGACAUGCUCUUUAUGCGCAUGACAAUAGUCUCAUUAUGCCGCACAAUCAAAAGCAUCCCCGUUUGGUUUUGGGGGUUAAUGCGAGGCGG